AUGAGUUGGCUACCACUUCACCUAUACAAAUGGAGGCGAAGCCUUUCAGCAAAAGGAGAUGCUAUUGCCGGUGCUCAAGAAAUAAUGCAACAAAGUCGUAGCGAAGAUCCAAAUAUAAAGAUAAAACUCGGUCAGAGACCACCACCUUCGAACAUUGUACAAACAAAUUACUAUACGGUUGUUAACUUUUUGCCGAAAUUUCUGUUCGCACAGUUCAAACAAAUUGCAAAUCUGUUCUUUCUUGUGCUAUCCGUUAUACAGUUCCUCCCUGGACUUUCACCGUUCGGUCGACAAGCUACUGUCGUGCCGCUGUCAUUCAUCAUAGGAACUUCGGCAAUACGAGAAAUCUACGAAGAUUUGCGACGACGAGUAAGGGAUCGAAAAGUGAACUAUCAAAAAUGCUAUGCACAUACGAAUGAAGGAUGGAAAACAGUGCCGUGGUGUCAACUUCACGUGGGGCAACUAAUCAGAGCGGGGAAUGGCGAACAAAUGGCGGCUGAUUGUCUCAUACUCGCCACAUCUGAGCCAGGUUCUGUUGCUUACGUUGAGACUGCAAAUCUUGAUGGAGAGAGCAGCUUGAAGGUCAGACAGGCAGCGCCUACAAGACUACGUAACAGCGAAGAAAGCAUGAAUGAGUUUUGGCGCAGUGAAACCGAAAUCUACUAUGACGCACCGAAUCGCAAUAUUUACGAAUUCCAAGGUUACAUGACCGGAAAGUCAACCCUUCUGUUGUCACCACAGGAUACCGGAAGCAUAAGCUCAGACUUACAAAGUAUAAGGAAUGGAACAGCGAAAGAUUCUCCAACCAUCAUUGGACUAUCUAAUGCGCACGUAAUUCUCCGAGGAGCUCGUCUUAAGAACACGGAUAAUAUAUUCGGCAUUGUGCUGUACACGGGACCUGAUACGAAACUGAUACAGAACAAUAUCAAACGAGUUAUUAAGAGUUCUCUUCUUGCAAGUCUCACCAACUCGGUCAUGCUCACACAAUUUGGCAUAGUCCUAUUGUUAUGCUUAGCACAUGCCCUUUUGGGGCGACUAUCUCAACCGGUCCCAUUCCUUGUAUCACAAUUCACCAAUCAUUUUGAUGAUUCCCUCAUGUCAAUCUCUCUUCAGUGUCUCGUGUUAUUCAGCGGAUUUAUUCCGAUUUCCCUCUAUGUCACGUUAGAAAUGGUACAGAUCAUGCAAGGAAUGUUCAUACAUAAAGACGAGAAGAUGAUUGACGAGCACGGGAAGGGUCCAGAUGUGAAAAUGUUUUCGCUGAACUCAGAAUUGGGCAACGUAAAAUAUGUUAUGUCCGACAAAACUGGUACUCUUACACAAAAUUGUAUGAGAUUUCGUAUGUGCUCAGUAGCCGGUGUGAAGUACGCGAACCGAAAAAACAGACGAGAUAAGGAGUUCUCUCCCAAGAAAUUGAUAGGUCAUAUGAUGAGCAAUGAAAUGAGAAACUCUUGGCAAAUACGUGAAUUCCUGACAGCGUGUGCCAUCUGUCAUACAGCCACACCGGAUAAGAACUCAAAUUCCAAUGGACGACCUCUUUUUCAUGCAACAUCUCCAGAUGAAUACGCUUUACUGAACCUAGCGGCUGAUGCUGGAUAUGUCUUUAUAAAACGACCUCCAGGGAAAUGUGUUAUAAAUGCGAGGGGGAAAAUCCUAACCUAUGACAUAGCAGCAAUACUUGAAUUUGAUUCUAUUCGUAAAAGAAUGUCAGUAGUGGUUAGAGCUCCGAAUGGCCAAUAUAAACUCUAUAUCAAAGGAGCUGACCAAAAAAUCUUUGAGAGAUUGCACAAAGUAUCGCAGAAAGAAAUGAAAAGAACAUCCGGUCAUCUGCAGCAAUUUGCUAUUGGCGGCUAUCGAACACUUUGUUUCGCAGUGAGAAACAUUGACAAGAAAAUUUUUGAAGAAUGGUAUAAAUCGUACCGUAUAGCUAUGAAUGAUGUGACAGGAAGGAAAGAUAAACUUGCGAAGCUCGCUGAAGAAAUUGAGAAGAACCUUACAUUAAUAGGAGUAUCAGCAAUUGAAGAUCGACUACAGAAGAAUGUUCCAGAAACUGUGGCACGUUUACUCUCAGCCGGUAUACGUGUAUGGGUUCUUACUGGCGAUAAAUUGGAAACCGCCGUAAAUAUCGGCAACUCAUGCCGUUUACUAUCUGUUCGGGCUCCGAUGAUGGUGCUGUCAUCUAACACUGAAAACGAGACAAAAAAGCAACUUAAAGAGUAUCUGCGGAUGCUCGGCAAAAAAGGCCUAGCUCGUCGCGAUCAACACAUUUCCCUUAUUGUGGACGCUACGUGCUUAGACCAUAUCCUUGACAAAGAACGUGAGAGAGAUAGCUUCCUUCAACUUGCUCUAUGUUGCUCAUCUGUGAUAUGCUGUCGAUGUACACCUAUCCAAAAAGCUGCUGUCACCAGGCUUGUGAAGGGGAACGUAAGCGGAGCAGUGCUGGCAAUAGGUGAUGGAGCGAAUGAUGUAGCGAUGCUCCAGGAAGCGGACGUUGGAAUAGGUAUCUCAGGACAAGAGGGCAUGCAAGCAGCAUUGGCAUCUGAUUACACCAUCACACAGUUCCAUCAUUUGGAUCGACUUCUUUUUGUGCAUGGAACAUUGUCUUUGUUCAGAACAUCAAAGUGUAUAUUGUUUUCUUUGUACAAAAAUAUUCUGGAAACCAUAGUGCUAAGUUCGUUUACAUGGCUUAAUGGACAAAGUGUGCAAACAAUAGCCGAUGAAUGGACUAUACUAUACUACAACAUGUUCUUUACAAGCUUUCCUGCACUAGUCAUGGGUAUACUCGAUAGACCAGCUCCUAUUGCUAUCUUGUUGAAGUAUCCACAAAUUUAUCCAUACUAUCAGAAUUCGUUAAGCAACUGGAGUCAGUUUCGUUGGUGCCUUUGUGCAGUUAUUCAAGCUUUAAUUAUUGCUGUUAUAAAUAUAAAUUAUUGGAAUGUUGGAGCCCCUUUGCACUCUUCGUAUGGUGCGGACAGUUCAUUGUGGGUAUUCGGGAUGUUCAUCUACUGGUGCCUUGUCAGUGUUGCAAAUAUCAAAGCACUACUCGAGACAAAUGCGAUAACAGUGUUCUCUUUGGGUACUGGUUUACUUUCAAUAGGAUUGUUGGCGUUUUCUAUCAUUUUCAACACAUAUUUCUCUUUGUACAUUCCAAUUCUUCCACGACAUGUUGGAGGAAUGCUUUAUAUGCUUCCUCUUGGGCCAUUGGUUCUUGUUGUUGCUCUUGUUAUUGUGGCUACAAUGGUACCAGAUCUUGCCUUAAAAGUGUUUCGUCGUGCUUUACGUGCUGACAUGCAAGAUGCGAUGUUAUGGCAAGAAGGAUUUCGUGGGCCUAAUUUCAAUCUUCUCUAUCAGCCAAUAUUUAAAAUGUGUGAUAUUGUCGGUCUUAAAACAUUUGGAGGAUUGGAAACCAAUAGAUAUGGAUUUGCCUUCUCACAAGAUGAUGGCCUAGCUAUCACUCAAACGGAUUUACUCCGAGGAUGUUCCGACAGCUGUCAAACCAUGCGAACUACAGGUAUUGAGGAAUCAGAUGAGAAGGUAGCACAAGUGGAUUUUGUUAAGCCGAAUGACAGAUCCAUGGACGACCGAACAGUGAUGAGCUCUGUUUCUUACAAAUCCCCGCCUCAGACUACGGAUAUUAACCGCACACCAAAUUCUGUGAAUGAGAUUUAA